AUGGCUCUAAAAAAUAUCUCAACCGUAACAGAGCUUCGCUCUUCCCUCACCGUCGAGGCGUCGACCAUUGUGCUAUUCAUGGCUGCCAUUCUCAGCUUUGCUUCUCCCUCUUACUUCUCGUCUCCUUCUAGGAAAUACCCGAAACCCCCUCUCAGAAUCCCUCUAUUUACGUCCCUGCCACUACCAUCAUCUUCUCCUACUUCUUCGCCUGGCCUUGCUUCUCUCUUCCCGGUCAGAAAUGAAACAACUUUGUCUUCAUCGUCCACGCCAAUCCAAGCUCUCACAGAAGAAGCCGUAGAUUCGUCCGCUUUAGCCUCUUCUUCAAAGCUUGUACUUGUCGUCGGCGGCACUGGUGGUGUAGGGCAACUAGUGGUAGCUUCAUUGCUGAAGAGGAAUAUAAAGUCAAGGUUAUUACUUCGUGAUCUUGAGAAAGCAACCAGGUUAUUCGGUAAACAGGAUGAAGAUUCUUUACAGGUAGUCAAAGGGGAUACAAGGAAUGCAGAGGAUCUUGAUCCAUCCAUCUUUGAGGGGGUGACACAUGUGAUUUGUUGUACUGGAACUACAGCUUUUCCUUCUAAGAGGUGGAGUGGAGAAAACACUCCUGAUAAAGUAGAUUGGGAAGGUGUGAAGAAUCUCAUUUCAGCAUUGCCUUCAUCGGUGAAGAGAGUUGUUCUGGUUUCAUCAGUAGGUGUUACCAAGUCUAAUGAGCUUCCUUGGAGUAUCAUGAACCUUUUUGGGGUUCUUAAGUACAAGAAGAUGGGGGAAGAUUUUCUUAGGGAAUCUGGUCUUCCCUUCACCAUUAUCAGACCUGGUAGAUUGACUGAUGGACCAUACACAUCAUAUGAUCUGAAUACUUUGCUCAAAGCUACAGCCGGUGAACGGCGUGCAGUUGUUAUUGGUCAAGGAGACAAACUUGUUGGAGAGGUAAGCAGGCUUGUGGUGGCUGAAGCUUGCAUACAGGCACUUGAUAUUGAGUUCACACAAGGCAAAGCUUAUGAGAUCAAUUCAGUUAAGGGGGAUGGUCCAGGAAGUGAUCCACAGAAAUGGCGAGAGUUGUUUAAAGUUGCAGAAUCCAAAUGA